AUGUCUGGAAAUGUAUCCGAACGUCAGUUAGGUAAAAAUGGUCCACAAGUAUCAUCUAUUGGAUUUGGAGCAAUGGGUUUAUCAGCAUUUUAUGGAACACCAGCUUCGGAUGAAGAACGUUUUAAAGUUCUUGAUCGUGCUAUAGAGCUUGGUAGUACUUAUAUUGAUAGUGCUGAUAUUUAUGGUGAUAAUGAAGAAUUAAUUGGAAAAUAUUUCAAAAAAUAUCCACAACAACGUGACAAGAUAUUCUUAGCGACAAAAUUUGCUAAUAUUUUUUCUUCAGAUCGAACAGCGUCAGUUCGAGGUGAUGCUGAUUAUGUUCAUCAAUCGAUAGAAAAAAGUCUUAAACGUCUUCAACUUCCUUAUGUUGAUCUUUAUUAUGUUCAUCGAAUUGAUUCCAAAGUUCCAAUUGGAGAAACAAUGAGUGUAUUAAAAGAACUUGUUGAACAAGGAAAAAUAAAAUAUAUUGGUUUAUCUGAAUGUUCAAGUGAUACAAUUCGACGUGCAUAUAAAAUUCAUCCAAUAUCUGCGGUACAAGUUGAAUAUUCUCCAUUUAGUUUAGAUAUUGAACGAGAAGAAAUUGGUGUUUUAAAAACUUGUGAAGAACUUGGAAUAGCAAUUGUUUGGUAUUCUCCAUUAGGUCGUGGAAUGUUAACUGGACAAAUUAAAAGUCCAGAUGAUUUUGAAGAAAAUGAUUUUCGUAAACAUCUACCAAGAUUUUCAAAAGAAAAUUUUCCAAAAAAUCUUCAAUUAGUUGAAACAUUAAAAAAAUUUGCUGAAAAUAAAGGUUGUACAACAGGUCAAUUAACAUUAGCAUGGAUACUUGCACAAGGUGAACAGUUUUUUGUUAUUCCCGGUACCACAAAAAUUAAGAAUUUAGAAGAAAAUGUUGCUGCUGUUAAAAUUAAAUUAACAAAAGAAGAAAUUGAACAAAUUCGACAAGCUUGUCAAAAUGCAGAUACUGCUGGUGAACGUUAUACUAAAGCACAUAGUAAAAAUUUAUAUGGUGAUUCAGCUCCUAUUAAACAAUAA